AUGGCGUCUCGUGACAUCGUUGUCGACGAUGAAGCUGGAGAAAAUGAGCCAUCCAAGAACAAGAAUGUCCUCGAACGUGCACCUGGACGCUCGUUGCUUCCAGUGGCCAGAGUGCAAAAGAUACUCAAAGCGGAUAAGGAACUCGACGGUGUAGCAAAGGAGGCUGUAUUUCUUAUUUCAGUCGCAACGGAAAGAUUCAUUGCAAGACUCUCAGAGGCAGCAAAGUCACAGGCUGGUCGUGAAAAGCGAGCGACCGUUCAGCGCAAAGACAUCUUGACUGUGACGAGGAGGGAAGGAGAGUACUUCUUCCUUGGUGAUAUAUUGGAAGAGGGGAAUACGCUCAAGGGUGGGAUGAAGAAGGCUGCUCAGAGUGCCGACAAGAAGAGUGCCGAUGGUGGUGACAAUACGCUCAUGCGCGCGUUUGCACAGGCAAAGCCACGCCCACCGAGUCCAAUCGAAGAGGGCGAUGAAGCUCGGAGUGAAGCGGUUUCUCUGCCGCCGAGUAGUCGAGCAUCAACGCCGGUAUCUCUUGUGGAAUCACAAUCAGAACAUGCAGACGAGAUGGAGGAAGAUGAUUGA